UUGUUAGUUGGCAGCACCUCUUGGGAGACACUACACUUGCAGAUAUGUUAUUUUUCCUUGGCUGACAACCUAGCAGGCCUCUGACAAUUAUCGUUACAAUUGUGUGAGUAUUCAGAAAUCAAAAAGAAUAGAUCAGAGCGCAGCCAACUUUCGACGUAAAUGCUGCUAACAAAUUUUCCGUUCUAUUAAGCAAAAUCGUCGUAACUUUUAUGUUGUAUUUCCCAAUUCUCACGACGCGUAAAACUCGUAAACGUAACGAACUUUAUUGGAUAGCAGAGGCCAAAUAAGACGAGAACCGUGCGCCGCGAACUCAGCUAACUGAAUGAAAACGGACGCAGCGCUCGAGCAGUCGAGAGCAGCCUUAACGUAAAAAGCAGCAAAAGCAGCGAAGAGAGUGAGAGCAAAUACACCAACAUCAACAUCAACAGCGACGGCGACAGCGACAGAAACAGCAAAAACAACAUCAACAGCAAUAGCAAAAGCAAAAGCAGCGCAGCUUUGCGCUCAGCAUAGAAAUAGUGGGAGGCAGAGCAACAAGCACAGACCGUUACUCAAGAGAGCCGUCAAGCAGAAAAACCAUAUACCAACAUGGGUGCCGAUGCGGAGAAUGGCAAAAAGAUUUUCGUUCAGAAAUGCGCACAAUGCCACUCCUACGAAGUGGGAGGAAAGCACAAGCAGGGUCCUAAUCUUGGCGGAAUUGUUGGCCGCAAAUGCGGUUCUGCUCCUGGCUACAAAUAUACUGAAGCUAACAUCAAAAAGGGUAUCGCUUGGACAGAAGGCAAUCUGGAUGAGUAUUUGAAGGAUCCAAAGAAAUUUAUUCCCGGCACCAAGAUGGUUUUUCCCGGACUCAAAAAGGCCGAGGAUCGCGCUGAUUUGAUUGCAUUUCUCAAAACAAACAAAUAGUUUGAAUACCUCAACAAAAAUAUGAAAAAAUUAUAAGAUUGG